AUGGGACAAAAAAACUUUUCAGAACAACUUUUAGAGUUGGCAACAACAUUAGCCGCUCAACGCCUAGCUGCUGUCCAGGCCCAAUUUCAAGCUGCCGCUGCUGCUAUGUGGAUGGGAGCACCCCCAGGUCAAUCAAACAACAACGAACAACCACACCAACAACAAACAAUCCAAACAUCCCAACAACAACAACAUUUAAUAGCCAAACUUUUAGAACAUCAAAAACAAACAAAAACAACAAACAAAACAAAAACAGAAGAAACACAACAACAACAACAACAACAACAACAAAACAACACUAACGGAACGACAUUUAACCAACAGACAAAUUGCCAACAACAACAAUUUUUGCCAUUUGGUAGAGAAGAAAUGGCAGCAGCUUCAACAAUGUUGUUUGCCCAAAUACAACAACAACAACAAAAACAACAAUUAUUAUUUCAAUUAAAACAACAACAAAAUGAAAGAGAGGAAGAGGAGGAAAACAUUGAAGAAAAGGAGCAAGUUUUAAAUAAAAAUGGUAGUAGAAAAAAUUCUGUGAUUAAAAAAGUUGGAAAUAAUGAGAAAAUGAAGCAAAAUUAA